GUUUAUAAUCUCUGACCGCUGCAUUCAGCAGCAUAUGAGAUAAAGUGCUUAUCCAGAUAGAGAGAGAUGCUAGCUGGAGCUCUUCUUCUGAUAUUCCUGUCGCCCCUGGUAGCACAGGAUCUUUGUAAAGACAGUAAAGAUGGAUUUAAAGUCAGACUCAGCAUUAAAACGGCACUUGGAAAUGAUGCUUAUGAGUGGAAUGAGAGCGAGAUGUUUCUCUUCAGAUCGACUGUGGCAUAUGCCAUGAGGAAACAAACUAAGCAAGACACGUAUGACAUUACAAACAUACUGGUGUGCAAUGAUACACAAAGAGUGUCGUUCGUGUUCGUGGUGACAUCACCAGAUGAUCCAGCCAAUAUGAUCCCCAAAGCAGAAGUAGAAAAAGCAGUGAGGCUGAAUAAGCAUCGCAUAAACAGUGCGUUCCUGUUAUCGGACAUGACCCUAGAGUUCGUUGGAAUCCCACCAACGUUGGAGGCCCCAAUCACGUACGAAACUCAACCGUGGCUCAUCGUGUUCGGGGUGGUCAUUGGUGCUGUGGCCAUAGGGAUUGUGGCUUUACUGAUGUCCACAGCAAGCAAAAAACGACGAGCCAAAGAAAACGCUGCUGGUCUUUCAGAAGAGGAUGAAGGAAUAGUCAAAGAGAAUGGAACUGCACUUUCAGGUCUUGGCGGGAGAGAAGGCGUCUUUAAUCAAGCGUUCUCAAAUGACGACCGCUUCACCCAGCUGUAGACAGUGACGACAGCCAAAGAGAAAUAGCAAAGCCAUUCAGUAUCACUUAACCUAUAAAAUGCUUCACAUAUAUCAAAGAAUGUCAUUAGUUUAUAGCCUACUCUUGACUGUCCUGGCCUGCCCAGAAAGAAGAUUAAGUAUUUAUAUAUUACUUUGAGUUUUGCAGCUGUUAGUUUCAAAACUAACACUGUGUCCUAAUCAAAUGUGAUACAGAUUCUGUUUCAGAAAUGGAAAAACAGAAUUUUUUUGAGAAAAUGUUUUAGAAAUGUAUUUCUGUGACAUCACAGCUGAAACAACAUACAAGGUAUGACAAUUAUAAGGUACUGAAAGGCACUGAUUAUGUUCUGUAUUAAAUGUUAAAAGGGUCUAAUGUGAUUUGGAAUAUAUAGCCAUACUGAAAAUGACAAUGGACAAUUUAUCUUAGAUCUAAAAAAUAAUUUUGAAGAAAAUAUUAAUGUUUAAACUUUGAACUCAGUGUGAGUGUAUUCCAUGACAAAAAUGGUUUCAGUCACUCAGUAUGUAUUUUAAAUAAUGUUAAAAGUGGGUUAAUAUUUAUGAAUUUGAUUAUGUAUUUACUAUGGAAGUUCCGACAUGGAACAAAAAUAUGAAAAAGGUAAAGGCUUUUUUCAGAUUUUUUUUUUUUCUCUGAGUUUAGAUUGUAUCUCACAGUUAGGACUUUUUUCUUUCAAUUCUGAGAAAAAAGUGAAUUAUGAGAUAUGAAGUCAAAAUUGCAAGAUAUAAACCCUGAAUUCUGAGGAAAAAGCCAAACUUGUGAGAUAUAAAGGUAGAAUUGCAAGAUAUGAACAGAAUUGCAAGAGUUAAACUCAAAAUGACAGGAAGCAAACUCACAAUUAUGAGUUUAUAACUUGCAGCUGCAAGAUAUAAACUUGCAAUUGUGGGAAAAAGUCGGAAUUUUAAGAUAUAAACACGCAAUUGUGGGAAAAAGUCAGAAUCUUGAUAUAUAAACUCGCAAUUGUGGGGAAAGGUCAGAAUCGUGAGCUAUAAACUCGCAAUUGUGGGAAAAAGUUGGAAUUGUGAGAUAUAAACUUGCAAUUGUGGGAAAAGUAUGAAUCUUUAGAUGUAAACUUGAAAUUGUGGGGAAAAGUCGGAAUCUUAUAUAUAAACUCGCAAUUGUGGGAAAAGGAUGAAAUCGUGAGAUAUAAACUUGAAAUUAUGGGGAAAAGUCAGAAUCGUGAGAUAUAAACUUGCAAUUGUGGGAAAAAGUUGGAAUCGUGAGAUAUAAACUCGCAAUUGUGGGAAAAAGUCAGAAUUGUGAGAUAUAAUCUCGCAAUUGUGGGAAAAAGUCAGAAUUGUGAGAUAUAAACUCAAAAUUGUGGGAAAAAGUCGGAAUUGUGAGAUAUAAACUCGAAAUUGUGGGGAAAAGUUAGAACUGUGAGAUAUAAACUCGAAAUUGUGGGGAAAAGUCGGAAUCAUGAGAUAUAAACUCGCAAUUGUGGGAAAAGGAUGAAAUAGUGAAAUAUAAACUUGAAAUUGUGGGGAAAAGUCGGAAUCUUUAGAUAUAAACUUGCAAUUGUAGAAGAAAGUCGGAAUCGUGAGAUAUAAACUCAAAAUUGUGGGAAAACUCAGAAUUGUGAGAUAUAAACUUGCAAUUGUGGGAAGAAGUCGGAAUUUGUAGAUAUAAACUCACAAUUUUGAGAAAAACUCAGAAUCAUAAAAUAUAAACUUGCAAUUGUGGAAAAAAAGUUGGAAUCUUUAGAUAUAAACUAGCAAUUGUGGAAAAAAGACGAAAUCGUGAGAUAUAAACUCGCAAUUGUGUGAAAAAUGCGCAAUUGUGAGAUAUAAACUUGCAACUGUGGGAAAAAGUCAGAAUCAUGAGAUAUAAACUCGCAAUUGUGGGAAAAAGUUGGAAUCGUGAGAUAUAAGCUUGCAAUUGUUGGUAAAAAAUUCUGAAUUGUAAGAUAUAAAGAGAUAUAAACUGAGGAAAAAAAGUCAGACUAUUGACAUAAAAAGUUGCGUUUAUCUUUUUAAUAUUUUAAUUUGUGACAGAAAUAAACUUACCCUAUCCAUUUGA